AUGGCGCGCCGCAAAGCAGUCGCCGCUGUCGAGAAAGACGAAGAGGUCAGAGUCACCAGGACUACCAGAAGCAGGGCCGCACAAGCUGCUCAGCAAGCACUCCCUUCCAUUCCCCCUCCUCCUCCACCGCCACCGGCACCCCGUGGAAGGGCUGCUACGAAACCGGCUAGCAGGAAGAGAAAGCCGAGUGUCUCCUCCGAUGAAGGUGAUGAGUUUGCAGCCAAGAAGGCGAAUAUCCGGACCUCACCUUCGCCACCUCCAACCGUGAACAGGGGGAGAAAGGCCGCGAUUAAAAAUGCCCGUGGUCGUCGUAAGGUUAUUACAUCCCCUGAGGUUUCUGGUUCUAACCCUCUAGGAGAUGAGGAAAUGGGUGUCCAAGAACCGGAAGAUGUCGGAUUGCCUCCUGUUGUUAAGCACGAGUCCGGCCUGAAUUUACCGAUGGGGGAGGGUCGGGAGAACGUUGAGAUUGAGGCUGAGGUGAAGAAGCCCAAGAGAGCCAGAAAAGCGCCAGCCAAGAAGCGUGGUGUGCAGAAGAAGAAGGUAGCAGUCCCGGACUCCGGUAUCCGUAAGGGAAGGAACCCAGGGCGGAAGUUUGACGGGCCACAGGUCGAAGUUGAACCCGAAAUGUCAGCCACUGAUGACGCCGAUGACGGAGAAGCCUCGGCUCUCGCUUCCAGCAUGAUUACUGAGGAUAAGACGGACACACCACCUAGCUCAUUCCUGGUCCGAGAAGAUUCCGAUAUACCAACCGAGGAUGUCAAGGUCCCGGUUGAAGAGCCAGAGAAGGUUAAGAGAGCACCCGCCAGAAGACGUGGAGCCAAGAAGGUAGAGAUCCCGCCUGGAAGCUGCCGGAGGGGGCGAAGUGCUGGACUUGGGAUUAAUAAACCACAGAUGGAAGUUGCGAGUGAGCCAGCUGAGCCAAAGGUCGAGGCGAGCGAGGAGACUGCAGCCACCAAUGUCGAAAAGCCUAAACCGAAGCGGGGGCGUAAACCGGGACAAAAAACAACUAGAAAGUAUGAGAAAAAGCCACCUGCCGCCGGAGUGGAGGCCGAAGAGGAAACCUCCAUUGAAGGCCCGAAUAUCGAGGGGGGUGUCCUGGAGGGCAGUUUGGAAGGAGUAGGUGCAGGGGGAGCGAUCGCGGGUAACGAUAUCAUCUCGGGGGCCUGUGUUCAGGGAGGGGAGGAUGGGGAGAAUAGGAUUUCAGGGGCACCUGCCGAUCAAGUAUCUGUCGAGGAAACUAUCACUAAGGCUAACACUGAUAUCGAAGUAACCAAGGCUGGAGAAGCGAGAGUCGAAGAGCCGAAGGCUGAUGCCGCGGUGGCCGAGGAGGCUGUCCUUGAAGAAACCGCUCUUAACGUUGCCGUCCUUGAUGGGUCAGCUGCCGGAGAGCUCACUGUCGAAAGCGCCACUUUCGAUAAAGCACCCGAGAUCGAAGUGCCUAUGGUUGGAGAGGAAGCUAAGGCCGAAGAGGUGGAGGUUCAGGAGGCGAAGGCUGCACCGGUGGAGACUAAGGAAAUGGUAACUGAAGAGCAUGUUGCCGAAGAAGCCGUCCUCGAGCACGCUGUGGGAGAUGUUAUCAUUGAUAAGCCCGUCGAGAUUGAAGUGGCCCGGGCCGGGGAGGCACAGAUGGUGGAGAAGAUGGUUGAAGCCGGUUCUGUUGAAGGGGUUGGCACUAGGGAUUUGAAUACCGAAAAAGCUAUCGCGGAGGAUACGACCCUAGAGCCGAAAGCUCUAGAAUCCGAAGUUUGCGAGGCCAUUGAGGAAGAAGUGGCUGUCCAACAGCCGGCUGGGCCUGGUGCCGGAGAUACAAUGGAAGACCUGGUUGAUAAUACCACCGCGCCCACAGGUAUUUUGGCCGAGUCAGCCGGCGAUGAGACUACGAGCAUCGCGGCGGAGCCCGUGGGCGACGAGGCUAUUGGUAACAUCGCCAUGCCGGAGGCGGAGGAUAGUGUCACUGAGGCUAAGAUUCAUGGGGAUGAGGAGGGGGAAUUGGAUGCCGGAGGGAGCACUAACAACCCUGGGAAGUCUUCACCCAGCGUGGCAGACACUGUAGGUGGCGAUAUCGGGGCUGAAAUCAAAGAUGGACGUCAUGGACUCUCCUCAUUGAAGCGUAAAACCAGGGGAAGGCUCUCUGAGCCUACCGGGGAAAAGGUAGCAGAUUUUGUGAAGUUGGGUGCUAGCCACAAGCGGCGGAGUACAGGUGGAGGACUGCCUCUGCCAAAGCGUCCGAGAGUGACCCCUCCGCCCAUGCAACCACCAUCUACGCCAGCGACGAUCUCUCCCUCUCCGCGGAAGGUCGCGUCACCGAGUGCUGAGAGCACACCGAGAUCAACUGGGCCUUUAACAACCCCGGUGAAGCCGUUGGGGCCGUUUCUGAUGCCACCUGCCACACCUGAGGCGGUGGCCGGUUUCGGGAGGAGCCCGACUAAGGGAUCAACUCUUAUGGAGUUAGUGUGUAUGUCUUACUUUUCUAUUUUCAACGAUUGCUUUUUCUCUUUUUUUCUUGACUAACAUAGCACCUCUAGCGGAUGGUGAUGAUGGCGAUGAUGAUGAUGGUGUUGAUGGAGCUGUGGUAGCUACAACUGAGAGUGCAAGGAGGCGGGGUCGGGAGAUGGCUCAAAGGCAUCUUCAGCAAUACCAAGGUGUCUUUGAAAAGUUGAGGGCGGACUUUGAGCUUUCGGAGGGUUUCCAGCAGGCUUAUCAAGGUGUUAUGCGGCGUGCAUUCCCCUCUGCCAAACCUUCUCCCCGGAGGUCGCGAUUGUCGCCUUCAUCCCCAGCACUUUUAGCCUUUCAAGGCCACGGAUUGGAUGAUGGAGAUGACUCCUUUGAUCGUUCUUUCAAUAGAGCUGUCAGCCCAGACCGAUCAUCCAUUGUAUGGGCUUGGGACAUCGAGCAUGAAGAGUCUGGGAGCCAGAAGGCGGAGGGGGAGAGUGAUGAUGCUGAUGAAGAUGGAGCGAAGGAGGCAACAGCCGAUCCACUCAAUGUGGAGGAGAAGGUAUGAGGGGGGGUGUUCUGAUUUUAAAAGUUUUUGAUUUUUCUCUCUAGUGGCUCUUGAGUUCAAUAUGCCUAAAAACGGUUUCUCGUUUUUCAUUCCUGAGUUUCCAGCCUAUCCGAGUGACCAAUGCUUUUUUCUCUCCCACUUUUCAAAAUCCUAAUAAUGAGGGACUGGCAAUAACAUGUUACAUGUACCAUAGGCUUCUAUUGCGGUUAUCAUGGACGCCCCCCGGGAUUCGGAUAUUUUAGAGCCAACAGAAGUGCCAGAGGUAGUGAUAUCAGAUAGACCAGCGCAACUUGAGUUAACCCAAGAAUUAGGUGGGGCUGAGAUGUUGGAAGAAGUGACGAUGGCUCGAGACAGUGAUGGGGAGGAAACUGAAGAGGAUUGUGGGGGGGAAGGGGAAGAGGGAGAGGAAAAUGAUGAUCGAGGCGGUGGACUUCUGGGCGAAUCAGAGGGGCCUGGAGCGGAAGGUGAGGAUUUCGCGGGUGGGACUGGGUAUCCCGGGGAGGAAACGGGGGACUCUGAGGGGGCGAUGGGGACGGGGGUGGGCGAGGGUGAAGCAGGGCCAGGCCAGGGGGUGGAGGGGCCGGAAGUGCCGACAGAAGCAGAGAGCCUGACAAAAUCGGGGGGGUCGGUGGGGACCUGCAAAGUGAAACCAUCCAGACUCAGGAUACCGGCCGCCAAAGCGCUCAAGUUGUCCAAGGCCCCUCGUAUUCCCGUGCCUGCCUCACGUGUUGCAACAGUCAAGAUGCGGAGGGUCAGCGUGGCUUCCCUCAGAGAUGUUCCAAUUAGCAAGAUGACGCCGCACGAGUUGGCAAGUACAACAAACACCUGCACCGCUAGGAAUAAACUCUACUCAUGCGACUUUACCCGUAGAGUGGUCCACAAGAACGCUCCUCGUCCUCCUUCCCCCAAUGCGAAAGUCCAAACGUUGAAAGCCUCGCAAGACCGUGCACGAAGACGAGCAAUCCAGGAAGAAACGGGCGCAAUGCUUGGUCCCGGUGAUGAAGAGAACUUUGAUCCCAACCCUUCCGCUAAGGUAAGGUGGGGCCAUCCACUAGAGUCCCUAGUCGACCAUGAGGAACGGAAAAGCCCCUCUCAGGCCAAAGGAUUGCUUCCGCGACCCAGUAUCCUCAGUCGUAGUGUAUGUAUCCGCCCCUAUGCUCUUACGGAUAUCAUUUAUUAAUUGGGUUGGCUAACUAGAUUGCUCCACUACAGGCACAGUUGAGCACGCAUGGGAAUCUCCUCACCCCGCCAACUGAGAUUGCGAUCGAACGGACGAAGGUUACAAUCAACAAGAUUCUGUAUCGGGGGGAGAAAUAGGUUAGAGAGGAACGUUGGACAGGCUAAGGAUUGAUCGGAAAAUCUUGAAAUCGUUCUCGCACAGGGUAUCUUGCCUACUUGGACAAGUAUACGGAAACCAACAUGCGAUCAGGAUCAUCUGUGUCAGUUCAUCACCUCUCGUCACUCGUGCCCCGGCAUCCAUUGCGCAUCGGGGGGGGGGCACUUUUCCGUUAUCCCAUUUACGUUACACCACACUAUCUUGAAAUGUUUCUAUGAGUUUUCAAUCAGCGCGCAUACUUGGCUCGGUUCAAUACCUGUGGUACAUGAUGACCUUUUGCAUUUUUAGUUUUUUUUUCUAGUUUUUUUUUUUUUUUCAUUUAUUUCUUAUUUAUGUUAAUGUUUCUUCUAGUUCUUUCUUUGGCUGUACCAAGUUCUUGUAAUUAUUAUUGCUGUUAUCAUACAUUUCGGAGUUUUGUAUGGCUGGGAUGGGAUAGUGUAGGAUAUAUGGUAGAGAAGGAUUGGGUAAGAAUAGUGGUUUUUAUUGCGUAGUAUUUUUUUUUUAAUUUUCUUUCUCUUUGGAUCGACCGAGAUGGGAUGCUGAUGGCACGGUAGACAUAGAUUGUGCAAGUUAUUCUUUCUCUUCCUAGAGAGUAGUCUUGGUUUUGAAUUGGAUUGGCUUAGGAAUGAUAAUUUGAACUUUUCUUCUCUU